AUGAAGAAGAAUUCUGCUUCAUUAAGGAAUUCGGGUGCAUAUACCAGCCCGGGAACGCCGGAGUAUGGCGAUAACAAUGUUGGAGGAAUUCCAAAGGGUUGGAGUUCCGAGCGAGUUCCGAUCCCUACGAAUAGUAGCCGGAGGCAUAUUAAUGCUGCUGCAUUUAUGCCAUUUAAUGGUGGAAGGACCCUGCCUUCAAAAUGGGACGACGCUGAGAGAUGGAUUACGAGCCCAGUUUCAUGGUAUGGUGCUGGUAAGUCAUCGAUUGUGCAACCUCAGAGGCGGCCAAUGUCGAAGAGUGGACCAUUGGGGGCUCCGGGACUUGUGUAUAUAUCCAAUUAUUCACCUACUGUGCCGAUGCUCGAAGAUGGGAGUGUGAGAAAUUUCGUGGCCAAUUCACCACUUACGACCGGAGUCUUGGUGCCCGAUGGAUUAUCCAUUCAUUAUGGCGCUGGCAUUUCUGCAAAAUCAAACUCUCUUUAUCCGGAGGAUAGUAUGGCUCGAUCAACUAGCGUGCCUGGCAUGUCGGAUAUGCUAAGUGAAUCUCCAGUGCCGAGUUCUCAAGAUGAUAAACCUGAUAGAACCAAGAAGGAUGAAGUUACAGUUUCAUGGGAUAUUUCAAGUAGGGAUAUGGCAACUCAGAUGAGCCCGGACUGCAGCACUCAUUCAUCUUCCAAUGGAAGGUUAUCAUUCUCCGGUCUCCCUAUUUCAAUCCCGAGUUCAGUGGAGCCACAUGGCAAUCAUUUGGCCAAAGAUGAAGUCAGGGACGUCCAGGUAGAUAAAGGUGUCACUGUAGCCAGGCAGUCCAAGAAACAUGGAUCGAGAAAGAUGAGAGAUUUGCCAAACGCUGCAGAUUUACCUUCACAGUUGGAUGUUGCAGAGGCAUCAAAUAGCAUGUCAAGGCUGCAAAGAGAGGAAGCCAAGAUCACUGCUUGGGAGAACUUGCAGAAGGCAAAAGCUGAGGCAGCAAUGCGAAAACUCGAGGUGAAACUUGAAAAGAAGAGAUCGGCAUCCAUGGACAAAAUCUUGAACAAGCUUAAAACUGCUCAGAUGAAAGCGCAAUUCAUGAGAAACUCGUUGUCCAAAAACCAUGCUCGGCAAGCUCCAAGAGCUUCUAACAGACGGUUUCUCUUCUGUACAUAUGUCAGGAUGGGUUCUCUCAGCAAUUGCUUUUGCUGCCAUAGAAACUAG